AUGCUCUCACGCACACGCGCGCACAUGCUCUCAUGCACAUGCACACAUUUACAGAUGCACACAUGCACACACACUGCUGGGACUGGGGGCUGCUGUUUCUGGGGCUCCUGCAUGGGCUCCUGGCCCCCUUUCUGUUCCAUAAACACUCACUGAAAUGCAGAAGCCGGACCCCAGGCAAGGGAAGUGAAACUUUCCAGCACCCUUACUGCUGUCCUCCCCGAAGCUGGGGGCCCAGCACCUUGUGGCAGGAAGCACCCCGGCCCCCAGCAGCCCCCAAAGUAGCUAGGUCUGCCAAGCAGGCCCUUCCUUCCUGAGAGGCACCACACCGAGUCAGCAGGAUCCCAGCCUCUGUGGGGGUUGGCGGGGCCUUCCAACAAAGACCAUGGCCUGGGACUCGUGAAGCAGCAUGGGGGUCCCUGAGACCCCUACCCCAAGCAAGGAGGGACCAGACCCAGGCCGACAGGCUCCUCUGCUGACUCCCUCUCCCACCACCUGCCAAGGACUCAAUCGAGUCACCCAACCCCUAGAGCUUCAGUCCACACCUGCAAAAUGGAGCCAGUGAAAGCUGCCCCCAGGGCUGGGUCGGAUACAGGAGUCGAUGGCAUGGCAUGGCCCCCUAAUGGCAGUCUCUGCCCUCCCUUUGCUGAGGCUCCAGGUGGCAGGAGGAGUGGUCCCUGGAGGGGGCUCAUAGGGAGCCCCGGACCGCUGGGGGCUCAGCCUCACACUCCAUCCACCCCUCUUAACACCCUGUCAAGGUCCCAGCUGCCCUGAUGGGAGCCAGGAUGACAAAUCCCCCGUCCCCACAAUCCGUAUGCUCUGAGCUCACGGAGCCCUGGGUGUGGAGGGCAGGAGAGCCCAGGCCACACGGAGUUGAGUGUGAUCUGGGGCAGCUUCCGAGAGGGUGUAACUUAAGAGGGUCCUGGCCACCCAGAGCCCCCCAGGCUGGUGGGUCUGGCAUCUGGAGCAGGGCUGGACUGGCCCGGGGAGACCCAGUGUGGUGAUAAAGAAAGCCUGGGAUCGGAUGCCUGGGGGAGGCUCCAGCUCGGGGUCCCAGCACCUGGCAUCCAGCAGGCCCUGGCAAAGCAGCUUGCCUCACUCCCCAGUGACUUCUGAACUGGCCUCAGCUCCUCCCAGCAGACAGCUGAGCCUGGUGGGAGGGAGAGGCCGCAGGGCUGAGUGCAGGGGGACCUCACCUUCAUCCUUCCCCACUUUGCUCUUGAGAGUCAUCAGGAGGGGAUGGAGCCAGAUUGGAUGCCCUGAGUGCCACCUGCAGCCCGCCUCUAGGGCUCUGUGUGCCCAUGGGCAGUCCGCCUCUACCACCUCUAGGGCUCUGUGUGCCUGCGGACAUCUGUCUGAACCUCAGUUUUCACAUCUAUAAAAUGAGCCUGAGGGUCGUCUCCAAAACAGAGCAAACCGAGUCAUCUGAGUUACACUGUCCUUGAAAAUGACUGAAAUCCCGGAUCAAACAUUUUGAAAUUUUGCUUAAAGCAACAAAGAGCUGUAAAACUGGGGCUCCCCGUGGCACCUUUGGGUAAGGGCGACUCGGGAGUGACCACAGCCCUCUGGGGGCUGCAAGGACAGAGGCAUGCUGUGAGGUGGCGAAGGAGGAGCAGCUUGUCAUCUUGGUGGCCAUCAAGGUGACACCUCUAUAGUAACUUUCAAUAGCCUGCUCUGGUGGUGACCAAACCCGAGUCACCACCCCACUGCGGGUGUACCUCUUAGUGGUGUUAAGGAAGGUGGUCCCUCUGGGGACCAGCAGAAGGACAAAGGGCAGGGGCAGGAACUUGCCCGCAGGACCUGGACUCGAUGGACCGUGGCAACACAAGUAACAGAGUAGGGAGGGCGGGGCAGGGGCAGUGAAGCAGCCCCAGCACUCCGACCUUUGGCUGCGUGAACCUCAGCCCGUCCCACCGGCCAGCUGCUCUCUGCUAACUUGCCACAAAACUUCCCGUCUGUGGAUCUCCAGGCCCAUAAAUACCAACCUGUCUGCGAGUUAGAUGCCAGUCCUGGAGGCCCGGGAAGCCCAGAUUCGCAUCAGCAGGCAAGUACCCCCUGCCCUAAGACCCCUGCACCUGCUUGGAGGAGCAAACAGGAGAGGCAGGAAGGCGAAGUUGUUGCCUAGAACCCAGACACUCCACAGCUAACUCCGGUGAUGCUUUCCACUCCCCACGCUGUGCCUCAGUUUCCCUGUCUAUAAAAAGGAGCACAGUCCUCUUCCUAUAGGGAGUGUGCCUUGGUGAACCCAUCUUCCCGAACAGUUGGGCCCUUCUUCUCAAUUUAGGAAAAAUAAACUUCUUUUCUCCAAAGGAGCAGGAAAAUUGUCUCCUCAGAGAAAGAGCCCCUGGGGGUGCAGGGGGGACACAGCUGAGACGCUCCCAGCCAGCCACACCUCUUGACAGGCGGUUGCCCUGAGGGGCCUCCCACCGCCAUCCCCGCUCUGUGCCCAAGGCCCUGCACCGGGGCUGGGGUCUCCUAAGUAUGCCCACCCCCAGGUGCUGCACCCCACACCAGCAUGUGCUCACUGCCUGUGCCCCGGGAGCCCCUGCGUCGCGUGGCUGUCACUGGGGGCACACAUGGCAACGAGAUGUCAGGUGUCUACCUGGCCCGGCACUGGCUGCAGGCCCCCGCGGAGCUGCAGAGACUCAGCUUCUCCGCUGUGCCUGUGCUGGCCAACCCGGCAGCCACAGCCGCCUGCCGCCGCUACGUGGACCAUGACCUCAACCGCGCCUUCACCAGCAGCUUCCUCAAUUCCAGGCCCACCCCGGACGACCCAUAUGAGGUGACAAGAGCCCGAGAGCUGAACCAGCUGCUGGGGCCCAAGGCCUCAGGCCGGGCCUUUGACUUUGUCCUUGACCUGCACAACACCACGGCCAACAUGGGCACCUGCUUAAUCGCGAAGUCCUCCCACGAAGUCUUUCCCAUGCACCUGUGUCGCCACCUGCAGCUGCAAUACCCCGAGCUGUCCUGCCAGGUCUUCCUGUGCCAGCGGUCUGGAGAGGAAAGCUACAACCUGGACUCCGUGGCCAAAAAUGGAUUGGCUCUGGAGCUGGGCCCCCAGCCACAGGGUGUGCUGCGGGCUGACAUUUUCUCAAGGAUGAGGACCCUGGUGGCCACAGUUCUGGACUUCAUCGAACUCUUCAACCAGGGUACGGCCUUUCCCGCCUUUGAGAUGGAAGCCUAUAGACCCGUGGGCGUCGUGGACUUCCCUCGCACUGACGCCGGGGACCUGGCAGGCACUGUGCAUCCUCAGCUGCAGGACCAAGACUUCCAGCCGCUGCAGCCCGGUGCUCCCAUCUUCCAAAUGUUCAGUGGGGAGGACCUGCUCUAUGACGGGGAGUCCACGGUGUACCCCGUGUUCAUUAAUGAGGCUGCCUACUAUGAGAAGGGCAUUGCCUUUGUCCAGACUGAGAAGUUCACAUUCACCGUGCCUGCCAUGCCUGUGCUGAACCCUGCCCCGAGCCCAGCUUCCUAACCCAAGCCACACCUCCCCAACUUCAGUCUUCCCAUCUGAACAAUGGGUCCUGAGGCAUAGCUCUGAGCACAGAGGUCCCUUUUGCCACCUACCAUGUACCAUGUUCCUUGCCAGGCCCCCCAGCCCCUGGCCUCAGUUUCCCAUUCUAUAAAAUGGAAGAUGUCCAGA